AUGCAAGCCGCCCUUCGCCUGGUGUUGGCGGCGACUUUGGCCCCCAUCCUGGGUGGCUCGUUGUCGGGCCCCAUCGUCGACCUUGGCUAUUCGUCCUACCAGGGAUAUAAUGAGGCCACCACCGGCUUGAAUAUCUGGAAGGGCAUUCGGUACGCAUCGCCUCCUGUCGGCCACCUGCGAUGGCAACCACCGACUCCUCCAGCCAAAAAUACCAGCCAGAUCAUCCCGGCCGUUGACCAGGCUCCCCUGUGUCCCCAGUCGGGUGCUGCUGGCACCCCUGCUGUCUACGGAUUCAACUCAGGCCCUGGGGACGAGGACUGUCUAUUUCUGAAUGUCUAUGCGCCUCCUGGAGCCUCCGAUCUCCCCGUGUUCGUUUGGAUCCAUGGCGGGGGCUAUGGGCUGUAUGGCGCUAUGUAUGACCCCAGCCCGCUUAUGAACACAAACAACAACGGGUUCAUCACGGUGGAGAUCCAGUACCGUCUGGGCGCAUUUGGGUUCCUGUCGUCAGCAGAGGUUCACGAACACGGUACCCCUAAUGCCGGCCUCCUCGAUCAGAGAUUUGCCCUGGAGUGGGUGCAGCAGCAUAUCCGCAAGUUUGGCGGCGACCCUAACCGAGUCACCAUUGGCGGUGAAUCGGCCGGGGGCGGUGCGGUAAUGCUGCAGUCGCUGGCUUAUGGAGGAAGGAAAUCGAAUCUGUUCCAGAAUGCAAGUCUCACUACCCCAUAUGAUGGCGCCACUCCUACCACGUACUAUGAGCAGUUUGCAGAACACGCCGGCUGUGGCCCAUUGGCGCCGACUAGAUCGCAGUAUAAGACGACGUUUGACUGCCUGGUUGCCGCGCCCAGUGAAUCACUGCAAAAUGCGAGUGGAAUUGUCUCCGAAUCCGGAUUUUUCGGCACGUUUGGCUUUGCGCCCGUUGUAGAUGGGGAUAUGAUCCGGGAGCGACCUUCGGUGCAACUACUAACAGGCCAUGUCAGCGGUCGGCGUAUCCUUGUCGGGAAUAACGCCAACGACGGUGUCCCUCUCAGCAACCCCAACGUGCUCACUCGUGCUGCCUUCAACGACCACAUCUCGAAAACUUUCCCCGAACUGACAAGAACGGACAUCGCGCGGCUGAAUCUCCUCUAUGGCACGGCAGAGUCGCAACCCAAUGACAGGGGUCCCCGAUUUGAUACCACCGGCACCAGCGGUCCGACUGCGAACAACCAGUCCGAAAUAGCCACAGGCCUGCAGCAGACGGUCUUCAAUAUCUACGGCGAAACCACCUUUGACUGUCCGGCGCAGUGGCUGGCCGAGGCCUUUGGCGCUGGGUUCCGACAGGCGUGGAAGUACCAGUACUCCGUGACGCCGGGAAUGCACGGAUCCGAUCUCAACUCUUACUUCAACAUGGGGUCUUCCUGGCCCAGUGUCGGAUUCAACCACGCUUUUCACAAGAUGUGGGGAAACUUCAUCAUUAACAACAGCCCGAUUAUUCCUCUUGCCGAUGCGACGGCCAACAACAGCCAGGCCGUGGUUCCUAUCGGACGAGCUGGUAGUCUGGACUGGCCACAGUUCCGUCCGAUCUCGCCCUGGCAGAUGGACCUCAACACCACUGGAGGUACUGUCAGUCCGGUUGUGGUCACGCCAAACCUGACCUACUACAUUAGGGAGGGAGACGACGUCGUGAAUCACUUCCGUUUGGCCAACGCGUAUACCUGGGAAGGAGGACGGGGAUUGCGCUGUGCGUUCUGGCGGGCUGUUGCAGAUCGGAUUCCUCUUUAA